GUUCGGUGCUCGCUUGCUUUUCCUCAGACCUUGCAGUGAGAGCCGAGCUAUCGAGCUAGAUUUGCUGUACUGUAAGCUGCCAUGUUGGUGUUAGCAGCGACCCGAAGCCUGAGGAGGCCUUUAAGAUGUAAGUUUAAAAAUAAAAUAAAAAUAUUACUAAAAACAACAUGCUAAUUAUGUUGACUAGACUGUAAGGGACAGCAAAUGGUAGAGCUUAAUGGCAGGUGCACCAGAUAUAUUGUGUGAUUUAGUGUCUGCUCUGUGUGAACCUGUCUAUAAACUGCAUUAUAAUUAAACUACUCCAUAGCUUCCAAUCAGUAUCCCCAAACUGGCUUUAUAAGAAAGGCCGAAGGCUGACAUAGGACUUGUCCUGGCUAAUUUGGGCACCAAUGUGUUCUCCACUAGUAUCUGUAUAUAUUGCUGCGUGUCCCAGAAAGGUCAUCUGUAUAUUAAUCCCUCCUAACCAGAAUGGCAGUAUGGCACUUCUUUAAUAAACAAUACUGUGUAUAUAUAUUUUUACGCUCAAAAUAUUUAGAACUCCAGGUGACCUUGGAGAUUUUGUCAUUAGUAUUCCCUUCUUUCCAGUUCUACAUCUAGUUUUAGGUUAAAUUAACUGAAUUGGAAAAAAUUAUUUCUAUUUUCAUAUUCUAAAACAGUAAUUUUUCUUGUCAAUUCCAUAUGGUUUAGUGUAUAAACAACUGACUUUAUUCUGUGGAGUAUCAUUUUCACAUAUUUGUAUGGGUAGUUUAUAUUUAUGUAUCUGAUCCCUUCCACCUUAUAAAGAGCUGACAGUGUUAUGUUAGCAUGGCUUGCAUUGGGGAAAAAGAACAAGUCAGAGUUCAGAGGCUUCAUAAGUGCAGUCCCCAGUUCUGUAAUAAAUGAACAAGAGCAAUGUUGAUUGUUUGUGAUUAGCAAAACUCGCAAACUUCUAGAUAUUUUAACUUUUUUUUUUACCUCUGUCUGGACAGCAGUGCAAAUAUGGCACAAAUAUAAAUUUUUUGCUUUUUUAUGACUAGUCAAACUGCCAAAUUUUGACACAGAACAAUCCUGAUCAAAACAUAAUACAUAUACCUAUUGGCAUGUUUGCCUACUUUAUUCACUAAAAAAAGACAAAUAUUACUAAACUGAAAGCUCAAAAUUUAGACUAAUAUAUCAAAGCAGUGCCUAUAGUUGCACAUUUAUUUAUUUUUACGAACCGCUACUUUUUCCCAACUUUUGCAGUUCCAUUGUUAAGUGGAUUAACCUCCAAGAGUUGAAAUAAUCUCACCAGUCUUGUAAACUCUGUUAGUUGAUCAAGCUAGGCACUCAUUACUGAAGUAGGCUUGUUCUUUAGUCCUGGAAUUUUCAGACAAUAGCAGCAACAUGAAGGGUAAGAAAAGCAUAAUAACCUCUUUAUAGCUAUAAUAGUUAGUAUAUACUGCUUUAGUGGGCUGCUUCACAAUCCCAGAACAAGUUAACAUUUGAACUGAUGUUUUUUUUUUUUGUUUGUUUGUUUGUUUUUUUUUAAGCAUUUGUUCGUUCUAUGUAUACUGAAAGGGGACUAGGUCCAUCAAGACCCAAUUGGUUGCGUGUCAGCCUAACACUGGGAAGCACUGUUGCUGUCUGGGCUCUGGUAAGUACUGUGGCUGCAGUGCAUCACUACAUACUGACAACUCUAGUGCAGGAAACUCAUGUUAGCUGGUUUCAUUUGUGGUUAAGGUACAUUCCAGAUUUACACAUGCAUACAUUUGUGUAUAAUUCUCAAGUGCUCUAUUGCCCAUUUAGACCCAUUUACCUGUACUCAAAUAGCAAGUGGCUCUUUGCCACAUUUCUGCCCAAUCUGCUAGAACAGUGGUUCUUAACCCCUUUUCAUUUGUUUAAACCUUGGCAGCCUAUUUCCAUAAAUUGUACCCCUCAUAUUAGCAUGUUUGCAAUUAAUAUAGUUGCUGUUAUUUCAUGUAAGAAUCAGAGAUUGAAGAAUUUAUGUCCCCUCUCUCCCUUUCCUCUGCCCCAGGUUCCCAUUGCCCCCCCUCUACCCCAGGCAGAUAUUAUGUACACAGUGCAGAUACACAUACUGACAAACACAGACACACAGAUGCAAACACUGACACACAUAAAGAUGCACAUAUACACUGACACACAGAUACAAAAACUACCACACAUGCAGAUACAGAUGCAAACUGUUACAUACACACACUGACACACACAGAUGCAGACAUACAGAUACACACACUGACACAUAUGCAGAUGCAUAGACAUACAGAUACAAACACUGACACAUAUGCAGAUGCAGAGAUUCACAGUUACAAACACUGACACACAUGCAGAUACACAGACACGCGUACAGUUGCACAGACAUCCUGAUGCAGAUACUGACUCAUUCAGAUACAGAGAUGUACAGACAGAAAGAUACACAGAUGCAAACAUUGACACACACUGAUACACAAGCAGAUACACUGAGACAUACAGAUACACGCACUGACACACAUACAGAUGUACUGACACACAGAUACAAGCACUGAUCCACAGUUGCAGAGACCCACUGAUACACCCACUGACACAGAUACAUUGACAUACAGGUACACACAUACAAAUACGUAGAUACAAACAAUGACAUACACAUAUAAAUACACACAACUCACACAAAUACACAGGCAGAUAUACACGCAAUGACACACCCACACAAAUACACAUACAUAAAGAUAUACACACUGAUACAUAUACAGAUACACGGAUACAAACAAUGACACAAACACAGAUACAUACAGAUGCGAACACACACACACACCAAUUUCUCUUGAAAAAAGUACUUUUUACAAAGUGACAAAAAGACAACUCUGUUAACUUCUAAAACAUUUCGUCUAACAGAUGUGCUGUAAACGCGUGGAAUGUUCUUUUUAUGUGCUGCCCAGUGACACCCUUCCAGAGCUGCUGUUGAACUUGCAAAGUCACAGGGAUACACACAGGCAUUAUGUAGUCAUUAGGCAGUAUUUUCUUGUAUAACAUUCUCCCUAAAACCAGAAGACUUUCUAUCUUGUAUAACACGCAUUUAUAGGAUAAGUUACACUCUCAUGUAAACUUGUCGUAUCUCUUUUACAGCUCAUCAAAGAGCACAAUGAUGAUGUUUCUGAAUACAAAAGAAGAAAUGGGUUGGAGUGAAGAACGAACAUCACACUCAACAACCUUACAGUAAGUGAAACAUAUCAAACAACACCUGGAGAUUAGAACUGCAUCCAGUCUGUCAUUUGUGCAAUAAUAAGUAUGUGAUGCCUGAACCUGGUACACAGAACUACAUUUUAUUUACAGUUUAUAUACAGUUUAUAGGCACCCCUUUCUAUUUAUGUCAGCAGCUCCUCUACAUAAGUGCACAGAAAUUCUGCCAUAUGUGAUGCUCUGUGUAGUACUAUCAUUCACUCUUCUUCUUAACAUUGUACUGGAACCUGAGGAAAUAGCACUGUUUACUGCUUCCUGUAUCAUGCAGAUCAGCACCAGAAAUUGAAUGACAUAAAUGUACCAGCUUGGUCAUAAAGUGCCUGCAUUCUGGAGCCCUAGAAUGAUUCCAGCAAUGAGCCCCCAGUUCUGACAUUACUGAAAGGUUGUUUGUGUAAGCAGUGUUUACAUAUAGAAUACAAUUUAUGAAAUGUACAUAUUUUAUUUUUAUUUUUUUUCCUGUUGUAACAAAUUUACUUUAAAGAGGUAGUCACCAGCAUGACCAACACAAACCAUUGUAGUGAAUAUCGUGAUAGUAGGCUUUCAGCACUUACCCUCCUGUGCUUCUGUAUUUAAAUUGUUCAUAAGUUGUUAGACACAAACCAUUUCCUCCAGGCACCCAUCAUUGAGUAUCUGCCAAUCAAUGGUGUCCAAAUAUAGUAGAAAUUAACAUUACGAAUGCAGAACUAUAACUUCCACAUUGCUAAUAUGGUAAACAAGGGCCUAUACCACGGAUACUUGUGGUACCCUCCAUUUGUGCCAAAUCUCCUUAAAACUUACCCUACUAGUUUCAUAACCACUACGGACACCCCUCUGUUAUGAAACCAACACGUCUGUUCUGUUCCUAUAUUCCUCAAUCAAAGUACAUGAUGCACUCCUCAGAGGAUUAAUCACAGCAAUCACUGCCCCUUUAAGAGAUAAUCUAUUGGUAUGCAGUCAGUAUAUGAUGUAUCAUAAUGAUAAAUGUAUAUAUUUAUUCAAUGUUAAAGCAUCACCGUAAGCACUAUAACUACAACAGCCUGCUAUAGUUAUGGUGCCAGGGGUGCCCUGGAGCUGACCAACAAUCAGAUAUCAAACUGUACUGUAGUACAGUUUUCCAACUUACCUGGGUCCCACCAGAUGCCCCCAGGGGCCUCCUCUGCAUUCAGUCUUCCAGUCCUCUGCAUCCAGCAGAAUAAAGCAUGAUUGAUGCAGCACUGCAUUCAUUAGAUGAGAGCACAUAGCUGAUGCUUUAGGCUAUAGAAAAUUCUGUGAUCUACUGCUGAUGAAAACUGAAUGCAGGGGAUACAGCUGUCGGCAACCAUCAGGAUCCUGGUAAGCUAUCAAAUCAUACUAAAACCGUUUUACAUCUUCCUAUGGGAUGGUGUUGGGGCUCUCCUUGUGCCAUACUACAGCUGACUGUUCUGGUUAUUAAACGUGAAAUCUUUCUUUAAAUACAAUUAUGUAACACCCACCUCUCGUCCAGCCUACAUGAUUGUCUCUGCUUGGGAAGAUGUCCCCAAGCAGGACACACCUUUAUGACACCAACAUGUAUGUUCUGUUCCUAUUUUCCUCAAUUGCACUCCUCAGAGGAAUAAUCACAGCAACUGCAGCUCGUGCAGAAUGGUUCUCCUGCUUUUACCUGAAGGAAUGUUCUUGUGCUGUCCCUUGUCAUUGUCAUGUAGUAAUCUGCCUUGAGGCUUAUGCCAAGAUCUGAUUGACGGGUAAGGGAAAGGGCCAUAUAUUUUAUCUAUUUAUUGCAAAAUCUUUACAUUUUCUAGCAAAUAUGUUGGCACAAUGUACAAAUGAAAUGUUAACCUCUUUAAUGUAAAUCAAUGUAGACCAUGGCAGAUAGACCACAUGAAAAUGCACGUAAUGUACUUUCAGCUUGAUCAUAGCAAUUUAAAGUGUGUACCAUGAUGGGUACAUUUUGUAAAUAAGGGUGCACACUACAUAUAAAGCUUACAUUAAAUUCACCUUUAUUUACUUACCCAAGUCAAAUUACCCAAAAAAAACAUAACAAAAAUGAUAGUGACAUAAACUUACAUUAGUCUCAACAAGUACUGCAUCCUAAUUUUAUUUAUUUAUAAAAUAUUUUACCAGGAAAGAUAAAUUGAGAUUUCUCUCGUUUUCAUGUCCUGGGUCCACAAAACUUUGCAUUGAUACAAUAGGGUACAAUAAAAUACAAAAACAAUAUUAUUAAUACACAAUAUAUACAAAAUUUAACAUAGAACAGGUAGGAAAUAUUUAAUCAACCAUGACACGUGCAUUCUGUUUUGAGGUAUGUAGAGAGGGAUCUCUUAAAGAACUUUAGGCAUGGGGAAGAUUUGAAAGUGUGCAGGAGGUCGUUCCAUAAUUGCGGCGCUCUGUAGGAGGAGGAGGAGGAGGAGGAUCGUGCUGCUUUCUUUUUGUAUUGAGGUAGACUAAAUAAAUGCUGGUACUGGAUCAGAGGUUAUAGGGGGUGGGAACAGCUGGGGAGAGCAUUCUGCUCAGGUAGGGCGGA